AGACGGACGCCGCGCCGAAGUGGCUGGAGGCGCCGGCGUCCGUGAAGCUGGCGGCCAGCGUGCUCUUCCACAUCCCCACGGACGGGGGGGCUCUAAGCUGCGCGGCAGCGAGCCGAAAGACGCGUACCACACGUCGAUCAUAGUGGAUGAUGUAGAGUACCUGUUCGACGACGCAGGAGGGAAUCGAGCGCUGCAGGUACUUUGCGGACAGGCGGCCCGUCAGCCACUCGGAGUUCUCGACUCCGAGACCAAGAUCGUGCACAUGGGGUCGACCACCAUCGACCCGCUCGAGAUGAUGCGGGCCCUAAGGCAGCUCUUCGCGCCGGGGUCCUACGAUCUGAUGCCCAGAAAGAAUUGCAAUAGCUUCUGCGACUGCGCGCUCUUCUACCUGUUGUCCGUGCGGCUCGACCCCCGAUACCGGGAGCUCGAGAGGAGGGGGAUCGCCAAGUGGGGUCAAAAGAAUUUCGGCUUGAUGAACGCUCUCAAGAUGACUGGCCUCAGGACGGUAUCAUGAGAACCCGCGGGCCGCCGACUUCAAGGUCGACGAUGCGGUGCGGAAGCUGGCGGCGCUGCGGGGCGUGCCGUACGCGCCGCGUCCAGGGGCGGAAGAACCGCCCAAGGACCGACCGCGCGGCGGGCGG